UUUCUGCUGCUACAUACAGUAUGGCGUCUGCUGAUCUGAGAGAGGAGCUAACCUGCCCCAUCUGCCUGAGCAUUUAUACAGAUCCUGUAACGCUCAGCUGUAGCCAUAACUUCUGCCUGGGCUGUAUUGAGAGUGUGCUGAAUACCCAGGAGGGGUCUGGGAUUUAUACCUGUCCUGUGUGCAGAGAACCUUUUAACACAAAGCCUAAAUUACAGAAAAACCUAAACCUGCGUAACAUAGUGGAGCAUUUCAUUCCUGCUCAGCAAGAUCACAAAGUCUUCUGCACUUACUGUAUUCACUCUCCUGUACCUGCAGCUAAAUCAUGUUUGCUAUGUGAGGCUUCUCUGUGUGAUACCCACCUGAGGGUACACAGCAAGUCUGAGGAAAACGUCAUAACUGAACCCACCACUUCCUGGGAUAACAGAAAAUGCUCCAAACACAAGGAGCUGCUGAAAUAUUACUGCACUGAGGAUGCUGCCUGUAUCUGUGUGUCCUGCUCCCUGGCCGGAGACCACAGGGGACACCAGCUGGAGCUGCUGAAUGAGGCUUCUGAGAAGAAGAAAAAUAAACUGAGAAAUGUUCUGCAGAAACUGGCCACAAAGAGAAAGAAGACAGAGAGAAGAGUCCAGAGUCUGCAGGAGCACAGAAGAGGGGUGCAAGAGAAAGCAGCUGGUGUAACGGAGCGACUCACUGCCCUGAUUAGGAACAUCAGGAAACAGCUGGAAGACCUAGAGAAGCGACUCUUGAGUGACAUCACUCGGCAGCAGGAGCAGGUUUUACUCACAAUCUCUGAUCAGAUCCAGCAGCUGGAAAAAGAGAAGGACAAUCUGAUCAGGAAGAUGUGUCACAUUGAAGGGCUGUGCAGCAUGACUGACCCAUUAACUGUCCUACAAGAACAGGAAUCACACAAAGAUGACUUUUGUGGUGCUGAGAAGGGAGAUAAUGAGGACACACAGAGAGAUGAUAAACAGGCACCGGCUGUGGGGGAUUUGGAUGAGGGUCUGAUCUCAGUGACCUUAUACAGAGGUUUAGUUGAUACUGUGAAUGAUGUAAAGAGAGGACUCUAUGUGCAGGUGACAGACAUAUUACUGGAUGUAAAUACAGCUGGUAAUGAUGUAACUGUAUCAGGUGACUUUAAAUCUGCAUCUUGGUCAGAAUUAAACCAGCAGCGACCAGAAACACCAAAGAGGUUUCUUUGUUCUCAGGUACUAAGCACCAGUAGCUUUUCCUCAGGACGACAUUACUGGGAAGUGCAGACCAGUGAAGCUUGGGGAUGGCGGGUUGGGAUGUGCUAUCCCAGUAUGGAGAGAAGAGGAGAUCAGUCCUUAAUGGGAAACAAUAACAAAUCCUGGUGCUUGUGUGGGUUUAAUAAAUAUUUUUCAGGAACACAUGAUUCACAGCAAUCUCCAAUACCACACACUUUAUCCUGCUGGAGAUUAGGAAUACUGCUGGACUAUGAGGCUGGGCGUCUGACCUUUUAUGAGCUGUGUGACCCAAUCAAACGCUUACACACCGUCACCUUCACUGAGCCUCUACAUGCUGUAUUCUGCGUAUCCUGGGAUGGGUGGGUCAGAAUCAUGUGCUAGAAAUGAUGAUCACUGCAUGUUGUGAGAUGUGACACAUCAUUAUCCCCAGUAAAUCAGCCAUCCCAGUGUGUAUAGAGGGGUCUAUAUAUGCAAAGGGCCCUUGUGCUUAUGGCUAUGCCUUCUGUUUAUUAGAACUACUUUUCUGCAUAGAGCAGUGCACAUAGGUUUCUCUUUUUUCAUACAUACAGUGCUGCACAUGCGUCUCUUGCUCUUAUAAAUCGGUGCUGCAUAUGCAAACAGGUUUCUUACUCUCAUACAUACAGUUCUGAACAUGCACACAGGUUUCUCACUCUCAUACAUACAGUGCUGCAUAUGCAAACAGGUUUCUCACUCUCAUACAUACAGUGCUGCACAUGCACAUAGGUUGCUCACUCUCAUACAUACAGUGCUGCACGUGCACAUAGGUUGCUCACUCUCAUACAUACAGUGCUGCACAUGCACAUAGGUUGCUCACUCUCAUACAUACAGUGCUGCACAUGCACACAGAUUUCUUACUCUCAUACAUACAGUGCUGCACAUGCACACAGGUUUCUCCCUCUCAUACAUACAGUGCUGCACAUGCACACAGGUUUCUCCCUCUCAUACAUACAGUGCUGCACAUGCACACAGGUUUCUCCCUCUCAUACAUACAGUGCUGCACAUGCACACAGUUUUCUCACUCUCAUACAUACAGUGCUACACAUGCACACAGGUUUCUCUCUCUCAUACAUACAGUGCUGCACAUGCACACAGGUUUCUCCCUCUCAUACAUACAGUGCUGCUCAUGCACACAGGUUUCUAACUCAUAUACAUACAGUGCUGCACAAGGACAUAGGUUUCUCACUCUCAUACAUACAGUGCUGCACAUGCACACAGGUUUCUCCCUCUCAUACAUACAGUGCUGCUCAUGCACACAGGUUUCUAACUCAUAUACAUACAGUGCUGCACAAGGACAUAGGUUCCUCACUCUCAUACAUACAGUGCUGCACAUGCACAUAGGUAUCUCACUUUCAUAAAUACAAACAUACAUGUAAAAAUAAUAAUCAGCACAAGAUUACACAUAUAUAUAUAUAUAUAUACACACACAUAUACAUAUAUAUAUAUAUAUAUAUACAUACAUACACACACAGUACGUGCAAUGAGCUACAUUCACAUCAACAAAAUAUUACACAUACAUAAAUAUAUUAACACAUGUACAAUUAAAUACAUAUACAUCAUCACAGGUUUACAUAUGUAUAUAUAUAUAUAUAAAAACAAUAAAAUACAUAAACAGCACAAUAUUUCAUAGACAUACAUAUAUGUACAAUAAGAUACAUACAUACACAUCAGAAAAAUACUACAUAUACAAAAAUACAUACAUACAUGUGCAAUAAAAUACAUACACAUAAGCACAAACAAAACUAUUGACAAGCCUUCACUGCAAUAUAGUAUUCAAUAAAAUUAGCAGUUAAAAAAAAGGUAUAAGCAUUAAACAGUGUGCAUUAAAAUGUAUAUUAAAAGUACGCAGCAAAAUUCAAAAUAAAAUGAUGCAGUAAAAAUAAGACUUUAAAAAUCAUA